CGCCAGCGGCGGCGAAGGAGGUGGAGAGCUGCGCGGGAAUAGUGCCGAUGAGAAGCAGAAGGGAGGUCAUCUCCAUUGAGGAAUUUGGAGGAGUUGGGGAUGGAAGAACAGAUAAUAGUUGGGCAUUUCGGAAGGCAAUGUACAGAAUUCAGCACCAGAGGAGACGAGGUGGCACGCUUCUCUAUGUUCCUGGAGGCGUUUGGCUUACUGGAUGCUUCAAUGUUACUAGUCAUAUGACUCUCUAUCUUGCUAGAGGAGCUGUGAUUAAGGCCACACAGGAUACUGAGAGGUGGCCAUUGGUGGAGCCUUUGCCAUCAUAUGGGAGAGGGAGGGAGAGACCCGGAGGGAGGUAUGCCAGCUUCAUUCAGGGUUAUGGGCUUCGUGAUGUCAUUAUAACGGGAGAAAAUGGAACAAUUGAUGGUCAAGGUGGAGUAUGGUGGGACAUGUGGAGACAAAGAACUCUUGGCUUCACAAGGCCAAAUCUCAUCGAAUUCAUGCAUUCAACUGACAUCCACAUCUCCAAUGUCAUCUUCAAAAACUCCCCAUUCUGGACCAUCCAUCCAGUUUACUGCAGCAAUGUUGUCAUAAGAUCAGUUACUGUUUUGGCUCCACAUGACUCUCCCAACACUGAUGGAAUUGACCCAGAUUCAAGCUCAAAUGUGUGCAUAGAAGACUCCUUCAUCUCCACCGGCGAUGACGCAAUAGCCAUCAAGAGCGGCAUCUCCUACGGCCGCCCCUCCACCUACAUCACCAUCCAAAGAAUCACCGCCUCCUCCCCCUUCAGCGCCAUUGCAAUCGGCAGCGAAGCUUCCGGCGGAAUCCAGCACAUCCUCAUCCACAACAUCAACAUACAUUCUACAGCCAUCGCCAUCCACAUCAAGACCAACGCCGGCAGAGGCGGCUUCAUCACAAACGUCACCAUCUCCGACGUGCAUAUGAGCAGAGUGACAGAGGGUGUGAGAAUCGUCGGCGAUGUUGGAGACCACCCGGACGGCAAUUUCAAUCCCGGAGCACUGACGAGGGUGGAUGGAGUGACGAUAAGGGAUGUGUGGGGGGUGGGGGUGAGGGAGCCGGGAUCCAUUGAGGGGAUAAAGGACUCGCCUUUCACGCGCAUUUGUUUGUCGAAUGUGAGGUUGUGGGGAGUUGGGGGAAGGAUGGAGAAGUGGAGGUGCGCGGCGGUUAGUGGGGUGGCGGUGGGCGUGGAACCGUGGCCGUGCGCGGAGCUUGUGGGGACCUUGUCCAUGGGGUUAUGCUAUUGACAAGAUAUUAGGUACGGAGUUCGCAUGUAUGUAAUUUUUUCUUAUAAUUAUGUUGUAUGUCGUUGUGCUCUUGAAUACAAUGAUGUACGACAUAUUAUAAAAGAAAUGUAUAUGCGAACUGAAUUUCAUAGGUACCAUUAGUUUUAGAUUUGCAUGUU